GUUUGGACACAAACUUUCAACCAAUAGAAACACAGUAUUCCGUUAACCCAGACUGCAACAACAUGGAAUCAGAGACUCGACUGAAAAACUUUGAUUAACUUCAACCUCUUUACGCAGUUUAAAAAAAAACAAAAAAAAAACAAAAAAAAAAAACGAACGCACAGCAAAUGAGACAUAAAUAUAAUUCUCUAUACAUGUGUUUUUGGAAGAAAUGAAAAUGCUCGGUAUGUACGUGCCAGACAGAUUUUCCUUGAAGUCCUCUCAGGUCCAAGAUGGAAUCGGUCUUUACACCGCCAGACGGGUGAAAAAGGGGGAGAAGUUUGGUCCAUUUGCAGGGGAAAAGAGAAUGCCCCCAGAGUUAGAUGACAACAUGGAUCCUAGAUUAAUGUGGGAGGUUCGUGGGAGUAAAGGAGAAGUGCUUUACAUUCUAGAUGCUAGUAAUCCACGGCAUGCAAACUGGCUACGCUUCGUCCAUCAGGCGCCAUCACAAGAGCAAAAAAACCUGGCUGCUAUUCAGGAUGGAGAAAAUAUAUUCUACCUGGCUGUAGAGGAUAUUGAAACGGACACUGAGCUUUUGGUUGGUUGCUUGGACAGUGACAUGGAGGAAGUAGAAGAGGAGGAGGAAGAGGAAAUCCUCAUCAAAGUGGAAGAAGAUAGCAUAGAAGCCCAACAGCCUGGUGAGAGAGGAAAGGAGGACCACCCCUGUCCACACUGUGAGAACAGCUUCCCUAGCCAAGUGAUACUUGCUGCACACUUACAGACGCUUCACCAAAAACCCAGUGAAGAAAAAGAAUUCAAGUGUAGGAAUUGUGGGAAGAAAUUUCCUGUCAAACAGGCUUUUCAAAGACAUAUUCUGCAAUGCACAGAAAAUGCCAGCCCAGGAGACACUUCAAAAAUGUUCCAGUGUUCCCUCUGCAGCACCCCCUUCAGCUCUGAGUCAAGUUUCAAACAGCACAAGGAAGCCUGCAAAUGUGAUGCCAGGUUUAUUUGUAAAGCUGUUGGCUGUGGAAAGAGGUUCAAGAGCAAGGAUUCUCUGAAGAAACACAAAGAGAACGUCCAUACAGGAAACCCUCGCAAGAAGCUGAUGUGCUCCGUUUGUAAUAAGAAGUGUUCUUCAGCUGUGAACCUGCAAGAGCACCGAAAGGUCCAUGAAGUCUUUGACUGUCCGGAGUGUGACAAGAAAUUCAUUUCAACUAACCAGCUUAAACGACAUAUGAUUACCCAUUCAGAGAAACGCCCCUACACCUGUGAAGUCUGCAGCAGAUCUUUCAAACGCCUCGACCAAGCAACGGCUCACAAAAUCAUACACAGUGAAGAUAAACCCUACAAGUGCAAGCUGUGUGGAAAGGAGUUUGCACAUCGAAAUGUGUACAAGAACCACAAGAAGACUCACUCUGAAGAGAGACCAUUCCAGUGCGAGGAAUGUAAGGCUUUGUUCAGGACUCCAUUCUCCCUGCAAAGACACCUGUUGAUACACAACAGUGAAAGGACAUUCAAGUGUGAUCAUUGUGAUGCAACAUUCAAAAGGAAGGACACUUUAAAUGUUCAUAUUCAGGUGGUGCAUGAUGGGCACAAGAAAUACAAAUGUGAUCUGUGCGAGAAGGCCUUUGUGACUCCCUCUGUGCUAAAGAGUCAUAAGAAAACCCACACUGGAGAAAAGGAAAAAAUAUGCCCAUACUGUGGUCAGAAGUUUGCAAGCAACGGGACCCUGAGAGUUCACAUCAGGAGCCAUACAGGUGAGCGCCCCUACCAGUGUCCUUACUGUGACAAGGCUUUCAGCAAGAAUGACGGAUUAAAGAUGCACAUUCGGACGCACACAAGGGAAAAGCCAUACCAGUGCUCCGAAUGUAACAAGGCCUUCAGCCAGAAGCGAGGUCUGGAUGAGCACAUGCGGACACAUACAGGGGAGAAACCCUUCCAAUGUGAUGUUUGUGAUCUGUCCUUCAGCUUGAAGAAAAUGCUGAUUCGACACAAGCUGACUCAUAAUCCAAACCGACCCAUGGCAGAAUGCCAGUUGUGCCACAAGAAGUUUACAAGAAAUGACUACCUCAAAGUACAUAUGGAGAAUGUGCACGGAGAAAGAGACAGCUAAAACUGGAAUUCAAUACAGCUUUGAAGAAGAUAAAAAUAUUUUGGUGAAAUGACAAACAUAUAUAUAUAUAACAGCAGUGUGGAGUAGUGGUUAGGGCUCUGGACUCUUGACCGGAGGGUUGUGGGUUCAAUCCCCAGUGGGGGACACUGCUGUUGUACCCUUGAGCAAGGUACUUUACCUAGAUUGCUCCAGUAAAAACCCAACUGUAUAAAUGGGUAAUUGUAUGUAUAAUGUGAAAUAAUGUAUAAUGUGAUAUGUUGUAACAAUUGUAAGUCGCCCUGGAUAAGGGCGUCUGCUAAGAAAUAAAUAAUAAUAAUAAUAAUAAUAAUAAUAACAGGUCUUUGGGAAGCACCUUGGUGAUUAGAGAGGGCACACCUUUCAAUUGGACCAAGCAAUCCCCAAAACUGCUCGUGUCCACGCUAUCCAAAAUUAACCUGGAUACUUAGAACUUUGGAUUUUUUUAACCAAAGGGCAAAUAACAUACCCCCAGAUCUCCCCUGGGCACACAAGUCUCCGACCCUGUCUCCACUCCAUCAUAUAGUUGUAUUACAGUGAUUCAGAAUUGCUGUCAAGUAAUUGAAUUACAGUGCACUACUGUACCAUAAGAAAAAGGAGUUUAGCUUAAUUACAAACUGGUUUGAGUUUGGUACACAUGGGAAUGCCAAGCAUCUCCAUUUGGAAUUUAUUUUCUUCUUUUAUUUCUGGAAAUACCACAUUUAUUCAUUGAUCCUUUCCACUGGUUACUAGUCAGACAAUUCAUUAAAUACAAUCUAGUUUACAACUGCCUUGCUGUCAUUGCCUCCGAACUGCUGGUUUCAGUGAUGUAAUUCGAUGCUGCCACAUUCUGACUCAAUUUAUCUUCUGUUGUAACCAAUAAAUAAAACCAGUACUAUGUUGCACUAUUUUAGGAAUGUAUGAUAUAUUUUGUAGUGUUUUCAAAAUUUUUGUAACAUGGAAGCAUGACAUGAGCAUUGUAUUACAGUUUUAUGUUUAAAACAGCCAAGCCAUCCAAUGCACCAUUUCUUUUUUUUAUACAAAUGCUAUACAUUUCAGUACUUCUAUAAAGGUUAGUGAUAAACCCUGCUGGCUUGUUGAAAACAUGCUUGUUCAUAGAAAUGGCAUUAGAGUUUGUCAGCUGGAGCUCAGCAAUUCAAAUGUUUAAGUGCCACCAGCAUUUAUAAACUUUAUUUUAAUAGCUGGGAGUUGUGUAAUUAUUUUCAAAAUUAAAUGUAACAUUUUAAAUAUUGUGCCCUUUGUCAAAGUAGGAAUUUUCUAGUGGUAGACAAACCUGUUAAUAAAUGAAAGGAUCAUUUGAGAAAUAGUAUUAAAAAAACAUUGUUAAUAUACUUUUUAUAUCCAAUAAAUCAUGGUUAUAUUAACAUGUUUGAUAAGCAAAUGUAAUUGUCACGUGUUAGCAAAAAACGUUCAACCUUCUCUUCGGCACUGAUCAGCUCAACCACAAACACUGCUAAAACAUGAACCAGGGCAGGUUAUUUUUUAAAACCAUAAAAUCAAUUCAAUUUUUGACAAAGAUAAAAAUACAGAUCUGUGUUUUAUUGCAUCCAUAUCCUGAAAAACAGCCAGUCUAUACAUUUCACAAACAGUAGAAACUAGAUUUAAGCAAAUGUAUUUAUGCUGGAAACAUGUGAAUGCAUUAGAUGAUUGGACAACGACAUGGGUGAAGCCGAGAGGCUAGUGACAGUACACCUGAGACCAAUCCUGGUCCGGUUUGUUUACAAUGUACUGGAAGGACUUGCAUUUGUGGUGUAAUCAUAUGUGUUUAGAUUACUUUAUACAGACAUUAGAUUAUACUUUCCAGAAGGAGAUUAACACUUAAACUAGCAAGGAGAAUGCAAGUGAAUAUAACCAAACACAAGAGCCAUCUUCAACUCUGUUAAUGAAUUUGGCUCUCCAGGGAGAGGGAGAAAACUGUCCGGACCUACUUGUACUGAGGUUUGUAAGAUUUUCACUGUUUUGUCCAGACUCCAACAGUCUUUUUCUUAAAUUGUACUGUUCAAGACCAGGCAGUAGUGUGUCCAAGUUGGUGCAACGCUAUUUUCCAGGCCACAUCUUGCAGUGUUCUUAAGUAGAUCUUUGUGUCUCUGCAAUAUGUUUUUUGACCUUUGGAGCACCGUCUUUCUUUUGAUUUGCUCCUAUGUUUUGGAAUGUACUCCCAAGUGAUAUUGGAUGCAUUUUUACUUUAAUAUCUAGAUAAGACAUAAGGCAGGACUCAAACUAUUUGACUUUGUUAGUGACGCUCUAUAAAAAUGGUGGUUGUUUUAUGGAGCAAUCUAUCUGGUAUUGCCCCGUCUCAGAUCUGUGUCAAAAGUAUAGUAUAAUAUCUCAAGAGGUAAAUAUCAUAUGGUAAACUAUAGCAUAAGAAAUCUGUUUCCCACUGAACAGAAACUGAUGACGCUAGAUUCUAUGAAAAGUAAGCUGUACCACAGUCGCAUUUGCAGUAUAACACUUCAAGGUUGCUAUGCCUAUUUCUCACUGUGGAUUUGUGUUUUCCUUCCUUUUUAUUACAGCUAGGAGGCUGAAGCUACCAAAAUGUAUGUUUUUGUGUUUAUUUUAAUAAGUUUGCGAAAAAUAAAUUCAAUUUGG